UGUUUACAUUUUUGAUACAAACAUCAUCCCUUAUUAUAAUUUUGUACUUCAUGUUAAAGUUUCUUUGUUUGAAGCAGAUAAUUUGUUCAGUUAAUCUAUGAGCUAAUUAGACAACGGAAAAGAUGAAUCCUUUUUUGUUCUCUGUACUUUUUAUUGUGUGUUCAUAACACGGGAAGAUCAAGUAAUCGAAGAAUUUAAUUUGAUACCACUUAAAAUUAGUAGUAAAACUAACAUUAUUGAGUGAUAUUGAUGCUAUUCAUGGCUAUUUGUGACGGAAUUUAUGUGAUUGUGACUAGAAAGGGCUACUUUUCUUGAUAGUUUUUUUUAAGCUGAUGAUGGGAAUGAAGAGUAAAGUUUUGGGGAGGAGAAUAAGGUUAUAACUUUCAAAACUAGGUUUUUGCGUGAAUAGGAAUCUCGGUCAUGGCGUGCAAGCAUGCGACAUGAUGUCGGAUUUAGACUGGUUGUAUCAGUGGUGAAUAGUAGUUUUAGUGAAUUGGUUGGCUUGGAUGAAGAUGUGCUUAAUGUUGGGGUUAUUUCUUCAUAAGGUGGAAGAGCCUAAUUUAUUUGGGCUAAUGAUGUUGGUUAUCCAUGUGGGUUAUGAGUCUUAACCGAUAUGAGAAGGUGUGGAUUCUCUUGGAAGCUUUGGGGACUCAAAUAAGGGUUUAUGGUUUAUGAAUGAGGUAUGCUAGAAAUGAGUAGAAGACUUACAAAAAAAAGCUAGAGAGGUGAAGAGAGAGAAGCAAAGUCGUAGGUGUGCGUACCCCAUAAUUUGAUGUUAGGAAUUGUACAUCCAAACGAACUUGGAUUGUCACCAAAUUUUGGGAGGUUGUUCCUACAUCCCAUCCAAGAGCUUCAUUUUCAAUGGUUGGAUCGUCGAUCCAAGCUCCCGAAGUCUGAUUUCAGCACGAGAUGAUGAGAAGUGUUUUGACAUUGGCGAAAGAUAGUUGAUACAGCGCAGCUUGUUCAAAUUCUGAUCACUUUUACGCGAGAAAGGGGGACAACUCAAGCUUUUGGAAAAAGCAAACAGAACCCAAGCACAGAAGAGUCUUCGAGCGAGGAAUGAAAGAUCAUUGAGUUGUUUAAAUUUCUACGAUGUUUUUAUCAAAGGUUCUGAGUAGAGCACUGUUGAGGAGGGAUUUUUCAUCUUCUAAGUCAUUAUAUAUGACAAGCAUGGAGGACAAACUUAAUAUUCAGAAGGGGGCAAACAUAGUAGGUGCUUUGCCAAGGAGCUUGUUGUUUGUAGGCACUGCAUCCGGGGAAGAUGUAGCAACCAGCGGCAGCUAUUGCAAUGAAUGGAGGGCCCAGCAGCUUCUCAUGGCUGACAAUUGUGAAAUUGAAAGAAUCGAAAUGACGAGGAGAAAUGUAGUUAUGAAUGUGCUGAGCUCUUCCCCUUUUGUGCACGGGAAACUGAAAGGAGCUGUAUGUCCUCAUUAUGCAUGCGCUUUACAAACUCGUCACUACAGUUCCCUAUGCAAUGGUGAAUUCCCCAAAUAUAAGAACAAGCUGCUGGAAAGGAUACCAAAAUAUGUGAAGAUAGUAGAAGUGGGUCCCAGGGAUGGCCUCCAAAAUGAGAAAAACAUUGUACCUACUGAUGUAAAAAUUGAGUUGAUAAAGAUGCUUGCAUCUUCUGGUCUGCCUGUUGUUGAGGCGACUAGUUUCGUGUCACCUAAGUGGGUUCCUCAACUUGCAGAUGCAAAGUUUGUAAUUCAAGCUGUUCAAAAUGUACAAGGUAGUAGGUUUCCUGUAUUAACUCCUAAUCUUAAGGGUCUAGAAGCAGCUGUUGCAGCAGGUGCCAAGGAAGUAGCAGUGUUUGCUUCAGCUUCAGAGUCCUUCUCAAAAUCGAAUAUUAAUUGCACUGUUGAAGAGAGUCUCGCCCGAUAUCGCGAUGUUGCUAGUGCUGCAGAAAAGCUCUCCUUACCUGUCCGUGGAUAUAUAUCGUGUGUUGUGGGGUGCCCAAUUGAAGGAGCAGUUUCACCAUCUCAAGUAGCAUAUGUUGCUAAAGAGCUAUCUAAUAUAGGCUGUUACGAGAUCUCUCUUGGUGAUACUAUAGGAAUUGGAACUCCAGGUACUGUUAUUCCAAUGCUUGAAGCUGUUAUUGAUGUUGUCCCUGUUGAGAAGCUCGCGGUGCAUUUUCAUGACACAUAUGGGCAAGCUCUCUCAAAUAUUCUCCUUUCUCUCCAAAUGGGUAUCAGUACAGUGGAUUCAUCUAUUGCUGGUCUUGGUGGCUGUCCAUAUGCCAAGGGUGCAACUGGUAAUGUAGCCACCGAAGAUGUUGUUUAUAUGCUAAAUGGACUUGGCGUAGAGACUAAUGUGGACUUGCAAAAGCUCUUGUUGGCCGGAGAUUUCAUCAGUAAGCAUCUUAGCCGAGCAUCUGGGUCAAAGGCCGCUACUGCCUUGAGUAAAACGCUUAUUCAUUCAUCGAAGCUGUGAGAAACAUACAGUUAUCUAACUGUAAGCUAUUUAUACCUUCUCUUGGUUUGUUCUCUGCAUUUUGGAAAAUUUCUUCACUACCUGGAAUAAAUUCAUGUUAUCCCUCAUUUGAUUAGCACUACUACUUGGAGUCUCUUGUUUAUAUUCCAUAUUGUGGUGAUUGUAAUAGCAAAGAAUUUGUUGUUCGAAGUA